AUGGCAGCGCCAACAUCGAAUGACCUUAUCUGCUUCACAAAUUGCUUCCUGCCGCAGGAAGACGGUGGUUUAAUUGAAAAGGAUUUGUGGAUUGAUGAGCGGCGUGGUGUCAUACUGGACGCGCAGCGAACCUUUUUCCUGCGCAAGGAGCGCCCGAAUACAAUCAUUGAUCUUGGGGGAAACGUCUUGAGCCCAGGCUUUAUUGACAUUCAGAUCAAUGGAGGCUUUGGUUUCGACUUCUCUGUCUACGAAGGCGACGACCAAACUUAUCGAGAUGGGUUGAAGUUGGUCGCAGAGAAGAUUGUUGAGACGGGUGUGACUGCCUUGGUCCCCACAAUUAUCACUCAGGAAACGACUUUGUACCCCAAGCUUCUUGACCUGCUUCGUCCAUGGUCACCUCCACACGCAGCACACCUCCUCGGGUGGCAUGCCGAGGGGCCGUUCCUACAGAUGUCCAAACGAGGUGCCCACUCGCCUGCGUUAAUCAUUUCUGCCUCAGAAGGCUUUAAGACUUUUGAGUCUAUUUACAGUCCAGAGAACCUAGCAGACGCAGAAGACUGGCUCAUGUCAGGCGACACCGUCCACAACACUGUGGGAGUACGCAUAAUAACAGCAGCCCCUGAAGUCGAGGGCGUUAUGGAGGCUAUUAACGAAGCCAGCAAGCGUGGAAUCUGUUUCAACAUUGGUCACAGCAUGGCUACAACGGAUAUUGCAACUGCAGCAGUACGGAAUGGUGCGAGAUGCAUCACACAUCUCUUCAAUGCAAUGCCGCAGCUUCACCAUCGCGACCCGUCUAUCAUUGGUUUACUUGGAGCUUCUCCUUAUCUAUCUCCUUCGUCUUCUUCGACUUUUUUGCCAUUCCCUUCCGCUAUCAUCAGUGCCCUCAAUGCCUCGAUGCAUUCGCUUCCAAUCACCAAGGAGCCUUCAAUUGAUCACAUAUCGGAAGCACUUGAUGAGAUUAAGACACCCCCUCAGACACCCAUGCUCCUUGCGGAACAAGCUCUCAGGAAAUCUCUCCUUCCCACAGGCAAGUCAACGGCGAGCCCGGGCUCUGCCGUUAUCACCGCCAUUCCCCUGGGGAGUGGGCAGUCAAGCGAAAGCAGGCUCAAGAAGGAUUUGACGACUAUACCAUUCGAUCGACCAUUCUACGAGAUCAUCGUGGAUGGGAUUCAUUCUCAUCCCAACUCCGUGAGACUAGCGUACAGUGCCCAUCCAGACGGGUGCAUCUUGAUUACCGAUGCCAUGAAGAUUCUUGACCCGCACCUCAAGGAUGGUGUUCACGACUGGCGCGAUGGCCGUCGAUUUUACAAGGAGGGCGAUGCGCUUUACGUGGAAGGCACCACCACCCUUGCCGGAAGCGUGGUUACCCUCGAUAAAUGCGUACGGAACUUUGUGCGCUACACGGGCUGCUCCAUUGGUCAAGCUAUCAAAUGUGCAACUUACAAUCCUGCAAGGUGCCUUAAUAUUGAGAACAAGAAGGGUACGCUGCGCGCGGGAGCAGACGCGGACUUGGCGGUUCUUGACCACCAAGGUAAUGUACUAAGCACCUGGGUGAAGGGCAAGAUGGUGUGGGCGAGGAAGUAGUCUCACCAUGUUUCCGAAGGCAGUCUAAGUUCCCUCUACAGCUCCCGUUAACGUUCCACCUUGGGCUUAAUGGACGUUCCAUGGGUUCAUCACUCUAGACAAAGCUUCGAAUAUUGAUGAUGCCAAUGCCAUUGAGCCUCAUGCUGUAACUUUUGCCAGAUGCCUUGGGGACUGAAGUUACGACCCGGAUCAAUGAGAAACGGUAAUAGACUUGAAAGUUGAAUUCGUAACAUUGAUUCCGAAGGGAAGGUCGGGAUGUAAGUUACAAUUACCGCGGUCAAUAUGUAAAAGCCAUCACGACUCCCCAUGGAAAUCAUGUUAGCAGAUUUGACCAACUAACAAGCUACGCCGAGGAGUAAAAGACAAACAUGCUUACUACGGUUCGGCGCUGCCGACUAGUCACCUUGUUCUUGGGUUGUUUUUGAUUUCCUGCACCAUAGCUUCAAGUGAUGCAACUUGAAGAUGUAGAAAAAAGUUCGAAAGCU